CCCUGCCUGCGUGCUGCUCUGCUGCUAGCGCGCCCGUCCGCUCUGCCCGUUAUGGAUACGCUCAGUGUCCUCACGUUCGAUCCGGAGGGCCGCCCGAUAGAGUUCGAUGCGUGGCUCGACGACCUACAGUUGUUCUUACUGAGCGAUUCCAAGGACGGAGUCUCACUGUUUGACCUCACGUCUGGCGCCUCUCCCGCCCCUGCCGCCUCAGCUGACAGUACGACUCGCUCACAGUGGCUUAUUCGUGACGCUGCUGCUCGUUUAGCCGUUCGCAACCACCUGUCGUUAGCCGAACGCGCUCACUUCGGACAGCACAAGACAGCGAAAGCACUGUACGACGCCGUAGUCACUCGUUACUCCUCCCCGGCCACUGCUUCCCUAGGCCGCCUUCUCGUGCCCUACCUGUUCCCAGAGCUGUCCGCCUUUGCCAUAGUAGCCGACCUAGUUUCUCACCUCCGCACUAGUGACACGCGCUACCCGCUUGACCCCACCAACCUCACUGUCGACCUGCUCGAGAAGCACCCCGUAGCAGCUGAGACUAGCAUAGUCGCUGUAGGCGCUUCUCGUGGCACUCCUCGCACCCCCUUCUUUGAAAGGUGUUCGCCCUCCCCCCUUCUCCCCUCAGUCGCCUGUGCUACAGCUGUUGACUACCUUCGUGCUGAGGAGGUAGGGGCUGCGUCUGCCCCUAUUGGGAGGCGCCGCUGCGGCAGGGCCAGGGGGGGCCGGAGCAGUGGGGGUGGCAGAGGUGGAGGCGGUGGUGGGGGCGAUGGAGGCGGUGGAGGGGGCGGCGGUGGAGGAGAUAGUGGUGGUGGGGGCGGAGGGGCAGGUGGCGGCAGUGGUGGCGGCAGUGGGAGUGGUAGAGACAGCGGUGGUGGCGGCAGUGGGGGUGGAGGCGGAGGCAGUGGUGGCGGCAGGGGUGGUAUCAGCCAGAGGGGAGGCCUUGGAGGUGGCCAGAGGCAGCAGCAGCGUCAGCCCCUUUCGUCUCAGGAGCUCCGUGAGUGGUUUGCUCAGCGUGGGGCGGCUGGGGGUAGUGGUCCCUGCCCGUAUGUCAUUCGCACAGGUGAUCGCACUCGUCAGACAUGCGGGAGGUCUCACACUCAGCACCGCUGCUUCUACUGCCUUACCGACGCCUUUCGCGCAGAGUUUCCCGAUGCACCUGAGCUCCCCAAAUGGGCGGAGCUGCUUAGGUAG